AUGAGUCUUGGUAAUCUGUACUGUAAUCCUCUAAUGGUUCAUGGAGGUCACAAGAUCACCGCGAGGCAGCGAUGGACACCAACCCAGAUGCAGCUGCAGAUCCUCGAGAGCAUCUUCGACCAAUGUAAUGGAACACCAAGCAAGCAGAAGAUAAAAGACAUCACAGCGGAGCUCUCGCAGCACGGCCAGAUCUUGGAGACCAACGUCUACAACUGGUUCCAGAACAGACGUGCACGCUCGAAGCGGAAGCAGGCAGCUUCUUCUCUACCAAAUAACGCCGAAUCCGAAGCCGAGGGGGAUGAGGAGUCCCUGACCGACAAGAAUCCUAGAUCAGACGGGUCACAGCAGGAGAACAUGGCUGUGAGAGCUCACAACCCUGAGAGGAUCUCAGAGAUGCACCGCCACUUCGACGCAGCAGAGCGUGAGCAGGUCCGUGGUCCGUGGUCCAGCAACGACGCCUCAAGGUCGUAGGGUGGUCUGGUCCAGAUGUCCUUCUAUGAGAAUGUCUAUGUUGAAUCCAAGUAUGUUGAGCAAACACCAUAUCUCAGUAUAACUCCACUGAAAAACCCCACUGAAAGUAUUCUGGAUCAAGAUAGCCCUGCCAAAAGAAAACAAGUUCAAUAUUGUGUUGCAUGGAACAGCAGUAACUAGAUCAUGGUGAGUGCAGUUCUUGCUACAUUGCUAGGUGUAAUAAGACUUACUGGAGUACCCUCAACAACAGUGGAGAUAUGAGCUGGCAAUGUUCCUUCCACAUCCGGAACCGGAGCAAUCCUAUUUCUGUGCAAAAUUCAUUUGAGCCUUGCAGAGAAUCUUCCUGUGCUCGUUUGAUUGCAACGGUUGCUCCAUCAUCUAGAUUUCCUUUAUGGAUUUUCCCAUAACCUCCUUGACCAAUUUCAGCUGAAUCAUUGAAAUUAUUUGUUGCUGUAGCCAUUUCUUCCAACGUGAAAGAUCUCACACCAUCAACCUUGACAGAAAACCUCAACAGUACUGCAAAAUUAUCUACUUCUUUAAGUUGUUGUAGAUUGAAUUUAAUGUCUACUGUAACUUUAAAGUUUACUUUGCUGUAGAGUUGAAACAUAUCAGAUGUUGUCUCUUUAGAACUCGGAUCUAAUGUAUUUGGAUGAGGCUGAUAUAAUAUAUUCACAGUUUAAAUCCAGUUUCCAGUAUUA